ACAACUUUAAAAAGGAGGGCCCUUCUCCUAAUGCACUAUAGCUGGCCCUCUGAUCUAAUUAGAUAAUAGAUAACAUAUGGGUAGAGGAGCAGUGUAUAAGUUAGUCAUCUCUCUAUGUUCUUUGCAGUAAGAUGAGUUGAUUAAAUUAGAGUAUUCACAGCAGUAAAGAUUGUUAUGUCCAUUAUCUGGGGAGCCUAAUGGGUUAGUCUUAGGGAGGGAAUUUUUGCUUGCUGUCUUGUUCAUGUGGGUCCUCAGUAAAAUUUUACCAUGAGACUGUUGUUGUUAGUACUUCCCCUUCUCCUGUUUGUGUAUUCCCUACUGGGGCAGGUACCUGGUGGCCAGGUUCACAGGCUGCAAUCUAGCCGCAAUGUGGAUAACGUGCAGGAGCAGGCAAGUGGGUCCCUCCAAGAGUCCCAGCAGGCACAAGCAGUGCUGGGGUUUCCUUGGAUGUUGGUGUAUGUGCCUGUGAGAAGUUGCCAUAGAGUUCUAAAGGACAAAUCUGGGGCAUUUUCUCCUCCAACAUACCUUAACCAUUAUCAAGUAAAUACCUGGUGCAACUGGACCAUUUGGGCAGGCUCCAGAAAACACAUAAUCAUUUAUGUCAAAGAAUUUAUGACUACUGAGGAUUGUGACACAAAUGAGGAUAAGAUUGUGUUUGAAGGAGUCUCUUCAUUGAUUGCAAAUUCUGUAGUGUAUGCCUGUUGGAACAAGAAGAUAAAUGCUUUUGCCACCUAUGCCCAAGCUGUCCAUGUUGUCUUUCUGAGGAAGCAUGCUCCACACCAUAAAAACACGCAUUUUAAAGGCAAAUAUUAUGUAUUUGAACAUCAGGAAGAAGAUUCUAUUUCCAAAGAUGAUUUCAUUUCUGGGACUCAUCUUCGAAAAGUUGUCAAGAAAGCCAAUGACAGUGUUGCUAGAUCUAACAUAUCGGUGAUAAACGACAGAGAGAUUCUGGAUGACGACAUCACUAGGACCACCAUUAAGGAAAAUCUUUUUAAGGCAACUGCAGUUAAUGCAAAUGCAUGGCAGACAGUGAAUAAAGACCCAAGUGUUACAGUUCUGGAAAGGUCUGUUCAGCUUGCACCUUGGUAUGAUACAUGGACUCCUGGUUUAAAAAUAGAAUGUCCUGCCAUCUUGGAGUCUGAGAGGCUGUCUAUGAAAUUGGUGGCCAACAAAGAGAUGCGUGGCACUGGGGAAUCUCUUAGAAGUCCAAUACAAACUGCAGCAUCUGCUAACUGGCAUCUGUGUACCCCUGCCAAAGAAGAAACUGCAGUGAAUUUCAGCAAUCUGUACAGACCAACAAGACUUCCAGGCUUACUUUCUGAUGCCCCCUUCGUGGAACCCUUGAAACUUCUGGAGGUGAAAGGACCAGGGCAUAGGCCAGCUGUAAAACCAACACAUCUGAAUUACCCUAUCUUGGCUACGUACUCACAGAUUCUACCUCAUGACGUCACAGAAACCAUAGAAGGAAAAAAUAUUGAUGCUGUACACUCCCAAAGUCUUGUCAGUGUUACACUGACAAAGGGGCUUCUGCAGUCUAAAAUCUUGGCUUAUGAAGCAGGGAGCAGUCCUGCUGAUGACCUUGAGAAGGGCUUGUGGCCUACCCAUGGCUUGACUAGUCAGCAUGGCAUGGUACUUGAUCACUUGAGACUUGUAUUGGAGACUAAGGGAAUGGAUAGAUUGGGAAGCUGCCACAGUAGAACUAUGCCUGUGGCUGAAUUUGGAAGCCAUCAAUCCCAGAUUCGAAAUACUCAAUCUCUGGAUGCUUCUGUUCUAGAAAGUUUUAGGAUAGCCACUGACCAAGAAAAAAUCAUGUUGGUCACUGCAGCACCACACGGCAUGUUGGAAGGCGAGAAUCACUUGAGGCUGCAAACCAGGCAAUCGGUGCCUUUAUCUGCCGUAGAGCAAGAAAACAUCCUUGCAAGUACAACUGCUUGCAUACCACAUACAAAGGUAUCUAAGCAACUAACUGAUCAAAAGGCUGAUGCAUCAGAAGUGCCCUAUUCAGCUGUAAAAUAUACCCAACCUGUGGGCAUAGCUACAGACCUGGUGCCUGUCUCCUCAUGUGCAGAAGCCUCCUUUACACCACCUACCUGGGCAUGGGAGCCAGGGCCCACAGAACUGGAACCUAUCUCCUUCCCAAGUCCAGAAGCAUUCCUUUCUCCAACAGUCUCAGAACUGGAGCCUGCCUUCCCCUUCCUAAGUGCAGGGGUGCCCCUCAUUCCUAAGGCCUUGGAGCUGGAGCCUGCCUCCCUCUUCCCAAGGGGAGAAUCCUUCUUUGCUCCUUCAGUCUUGGAACUGGAGCCCAGCCUCUUCCCAAAUGCAGAAACCUCUUGGCCCCAAAGGUCCUCAGAAUUGGAGCCUGCCCUUCCCUUCCCAGGGGCAGAAGCCUCCCUCGUUCCCUCAGCCUUAGAAGAGCAGCCCAGUCUCUCCUUUCCAUGUGAAGACCCAUUUUUUACUCCAGCUGCCAUGGAUCUGGAAUCUGUCUUGAAACUGGAGCCUAUCUUCUUCUUGGCAAGUGCAAAGGCCUCCCCUGCUCCAAAGGUCUUGGAAACAGAGCUUGUCCUUCCCUUCCCAAACAUGGACUUGCCACCUCUGGUAGCCUCAGAAUUGGAGCCCAAUCCUGAAGAACUAGAGCUUGUCCGCUUUCUCCUGAGUGUAAAAUCUUCCCUUACACCAGCUGCCAUGGAUCCAGAGCUGGCUUCUUCAAUGCUGGAGCCUGUCCUCUUCCCGAAUGCUGAAGCUUCCUUUAUGUCCGUGCCCUCGGAUAUGGAACCCAUCCACUUCCCAGGUACAGAAAACUCUCUACCUCCAGUGGCCUCUGAACUGGAGCCUGUCCCCACAGAACUAGAUUCAAACUUCUUCUGGAGUGCAGCAGGCCCUCCCUUUCUAAGGGCCCUAGAAGUAGGGCCCAUUUUCCCCUUGCCAGGCACAGAAGCUUCCAUCUCCCCAACAGGCCCAGAGCUAGAAUUCGUCCUCUUCCAGAGCGCAGAAGCCUCCUUCAGUCCAGUGGCUUCAGAACUGGGGGCUGUUCCCACAGAACUGGAGCCUGCCCUCCGCUUCCCUGAUGCAGUGGCCUCCUUUCCUCCAGCUGCUCGGGGCAUAAGUGCUUUAAAAGAUCAGCUGUCCUUGGGGGCAGAAAGCAGCCACUACAUGGAUGCCCUCAAAGAGGCAGAGCAUGUCCUCACUAAUGCAACAACCACCCCUCUUCCAACUGCUCAUGUGGAUAACCUGCUAGAAGCCAAGUUGCAUGCAAGCCUGCUGGUUGACAACUGUGGGGUUCCAGGUUCUACAGAACAGGAACAAGUCUUCCCAAACCCAACAGUUUCUCAAGAAAAGGGAACAUAUGCCCAACGGCUAAUAGUAAAGAGUGAGAGAGAAGAUGAAGGCAUCCAUUGGGUAGAAACUGUAGAAUCCAAAGGAGUUGAUGAAAAGCUCCUUUUCCCAAGUCUCUUCCCUGCAAUUAAGCAGCAAGUCUUAACCCCAGAACCUGAGUUUGAGGACCAUAUAAGUCGCUAUUCCCUGGUGCCAAAGUCUUUCACUAAAAUGCCACUAAUCUUAAUGGAGAUGGACCACAGAGGAGGGAAGCAAAAUGAGUUUGUAACUUCUAGCACCAGUGUUACACCACCUCUGGUACAUGUAGACUCGCACAGUGAAGUCAAACCAACAGUGCCCAUGAAGGAGAUUACUCAAACAUGGGAACAAACAGUCCCACCUCCUAUGGAACAUCCCAAAGUACAAGAUACUGCUGAGUGGAGAAGUGCCUCUCUGUUUACUAGUACUGGCCACACUGCUGCAGUGCCUCAAACAGGGAAACCAGCACUAAGAGAGAGGAUGGAUUUGGCUCCUGUCCAGUCCACCUCUAAUCUUGUAUCUGAGAGAGCAUGCAUGACAGAAACGCAACAACUCCUGAGUGAUGUUGGCCCCCUUGUUUCCUUGGAGUCAGGAUCACCUUGGCUGCUGGCAUAUCUUCCUGUAAGAAGCUGCCACGUAAUCUUAAAAGAUGACUUUGGGAAAUUUUCUCCUCCGCACAGUGGGAUUCAAACCAAUAUCUGGUGCAACUGGACUAUUUGGGCAGGCCCUAGAAAGCAUAUCUUGACUUACAUCAAAGGAUUUCAUGGAAAUGAGGAUUGUGAUGAGAACUGGGAUAAAAUAGUUUUUCAAGGGGUCAUGUCAAAUGUGGAAAGGAAGAUAGCUUAUGCUUGCAAGAACCAAGGCACUUUAAUUUUUGCUGCUCAGGCCUUGGCAGUCCAUGUAGUGUUUUUAUCAGGGAGCAGUUUCCUAAGCCAGGAAUACAAAUUUAAGGGAGAAUAUUAUAUAUUCAAAGACUAUGAAACUGCAGGCUCCAUAGAUGUUGCUUCUGAGCAGGCUCUUAAGAAACUGCAGUCUAGGAAAACUAGUUCUAGUGGUAUCCUACUUCACCCUAAAUUGCCAAAAGUACACUCCCGACGCCUGGGCUUCCAAAAAGCUACUACAGCUCCUAAUGAUCAGAAUAAAUUGCGCGAGCUGCCCACAGACCAAGAAGCUGGAAAAGCUACAAACCUAGAAGCUCUCGAAAACCAGAUUCUUCAUAACUUGCAUGCCCAUCUAUCUCAAGCCAUGGACAGCACCACAUCACCCACUCCCUUCCCUAAGGGGCAGAAGCCUAUGAAAUUGGGGGAUAACAAAAACUAUAGUAGGGAAGAGAAGCCUUCUGACUUUCUAGGGAAAACUCCAGGUCUAAAUACCUCCGUGGUGAAUGCCACAAAAGACAAGAAAAGGCCGGUGCUUGUUUUUCGUAGACUUCCGCACAGGGUAACUAUCCAUUCAGACUGGCUGUUCAAACCUUUGGGUAUGAAACAACCCAGAAAAUCUGCUGAAGUAGAAAGUGUAAGUACUUCCAGAAAACUGGGACCACAGCAUGACUCGGCCUUUCACUGGAGACCAGCUGGCCCAGAAGAUCUGCAGUCUGACGUGAGAGGGUAUGAAGCUGAAAUUUCUACCUCUCGUCAUGCCUAUCAAUCUCUAGAGGGAAUGAGGGAGAGAACUCAAACCGUUGCUCCUCAGACUUUCAGAGCUGACCUACCCCAGGACCAAGAGAUGCUGCAGGCCAAUGCUGUGGAGCUGCAGGGAGUGGUUAAUGACCAUGUUCGUUCUCUGGAAGACUCUUGGUCUAACGUUGACCUGACCAAGGGGAUUAAAGAAGCAACUGGUCAAUUGCAACACAUAACAGAGUUGGAGAGAAAUGUUAAAAAGAACGGUAAUGAUCAGGAAGCCUUUGGAGAAGAGAAUGGCAAAGCUAAUCUGUACUUGGAGUCAGUUGUCACCUUUACAGCUAUGAAAUUUAGUGUUCAGCCUCUUACCUCAGAAACAUCAAAGCCUGAUCUCAAAACAGAACCAGUUCUGAGUCCUGUAACUGUACAGAACACCCUGGAUGUUUCUUCCCUGAAGGCAUCUAGCAGUUACUGGGCAGAUGCCACUGAAUUUCAGGGUGUCGUGAAGAACGUCCAGAGUGGUCUGUUGGUGGCUGAAGCAGCUACCUCUACCCCACAUUUUGACAGUAGAAUAACCAGAACUAAAGAGCAUCUACUACUCGCAAGCACAAAAUCUCAUCCUUUCUCUCCCUCCUUUGAUGUGAUAACAAAGCAUAUUGAAUCUCCAGAAGAAGAUGCACACGAUUCCUCCGAUUUGGCUUCCCUCCUGGCAUUUCUUGAAAAUGAUACCACUCUAGAAUCCCAGCAUAAGCCUGGUGAUAUCUUAUUCGAAGUCACUACUGAAAUGAAACAUGAGAGAUGGAUCCAACAGAGCAGAAAAAAGAUGAAAAAGGCGCUCCUUGAGUCCAUGAAGCUUCACAUACAAGAGAACCUGAAACUCUCUGCAAGCAAAGUCAACAAAAUAAAGUUGAAGGAAAUAAAGAGGACAAAUGACCAAAACCUGAGGCUUACCUUCUGGCUUCACUUAAAACCAGAAGAAAGAAAUCUCUCUCUCUCACUACAUUCUCAGCUGAAAGAACUCAUUGGAAGAUCUGUGGGAGAAAAGAAAUUGCAGCUGGCAUCACUGUCAGUUGAAGAUGUGAAUGAAUGCAACUCUGGAAUUGGAAUCUGUGGUGAUGAGGCAGACUGCUUCAAUGGAGUUGGCACUUACUUAUGUCGUUGUAAAAAAGAGUAUGAAGAUCAUUCUCCUACAAAAUCUGGCACAUUGUGUAUCCGUGUUCCACGAUCAGAUAUUGGCAGCUUGUUUGGUUACAUGGAAAUUCUGAUAGGUGCCAUCAUAUCUGUCGCACUGAUUUUUGUGGUGGUGGUUAGCAUUGCAUGCAUGGUAAUGAAGAAAAAACGUACAAAGAAGGACUUCUGUCUCCAGGAAACUUCUCCAAGUGGGAUGCCUUACACAGCACAGUCACAGCCCCAGGUGCCUGCUGUUGAUCUGAGUAACCUUGGUGACUACCUGGCCCGAGACCCCUUUCAGCCAAAACUUCGAGCCAGACCUCCAGAAUGGACCUUGCGGAUGCAAGACAACCCAAAUGAGGCAUAUAGGAUUUUUGUUGAGCAGUCUGAAUGUCUGUAAAGCAAAGCUGCAUUGCCAAUUUGCAACUUUUGAGCAGGAAAAGCUCUGACACAGUUUAAAGCUUUCCUGUUGCUGCUAUCCCCCCUGCACCCCCUCAUGGCAACAAAACUUCUAACAAUCCUGAGAGUCUUUACCACUUGUGCUCAGUCCCUAUUGCUCAGGGUAUAGUGCUGUUUCUCCCAGGAGACUCUUAAUUCUUGGUUGGGUUUUUAAUCCCUGUACUAUCUGGCUUUGCACAUGAGACUACUUGUAAUCUGAAAGAGUUGCACUUUUCUGCAGGCAACCUGUUAUGUAAGUAAAGCUGCUAUCUUGCUGUUCAUGUAAACAAGGGACAUGUUUCUGUUAGAGUUAAAUGUGUGGCACAAGGGAAGGAUGGAAGGCUUAAAUUAACGGAAACAUUUAAAAAAAACAAAACAAAAAAAAAAACAAGCAAGUUGCAUCCCCUCUGAGCAAAUAAAUAGGCAAAACCAGCAAGCUGUACUGAGCUACACUGAUCUCAUUGCCCUUUAGGCAAGAACCCUUUUCACUGCAUCUAAUGCAACUAUCUACAGCAUCUAGUUCACUAUGCAUUCUCUGCCAUCCAGCCUAAUCCCCAGACAUGCCUACAUGCUCUAGCAUAACAUUGCUUUCCUUAUAAAACCACUUGACAUGUUUUAUUACCCCACUACAUCAUUCUGCCUUUUUUCUAGGUUUAUAGCUUUGUUUUUGUUUUUUUUUUAAACCAAGCUUCACUGGGAUAAGUGGUCUGAAAACAAUGGUGUGUUCUAACUGAACUUCUCUUAUAUGUAACUUUUUUUUCUCCUGUGUUUGACUUCCUAUGCAGUGAGGGUCUCUGUUUUAGAUUUGUCACCGCACAAAAUAAAAACAAACUUUCUUUUUUAUAAAA